AUGUCGACCACAUCCGGUACACCAAGACCAACGCCAAGUACCCCAAGGACUACGGCCAGUGCACCACCACCGGCGUAUGGGACAAGUGUGGCAAGCUCAUCAAGAGAUGUGCCAUUGACAGUCAGCAAGGGAAAGAUUGGCAACCCACCUAAGCCCUUCAACGGCGUGGAAUCCAAGCUUAUACCCUUCAUUCACCAUGUGGAUAUGUAUAUCCUGAUGAACCCUACGGACUUCCAGAAUGACCUGCAAAAGAUUCUGUUCAUGGGAAGUUACUUUGAAGGAGAUGCAGAGGCAUGGCUAAGACCCUUCGUCAAAGACUAUAUGGAGAACGAAGGGGACGACAGGGAAGAUGAAACCAUCAACCUGUUCGAGACAUUUACAGGGUUCAAAGAAACGGUGAAACUGGUGUUUGGAGCAAAGGACGAGGAAAAGGAAGCCCAAAAGAAGAUAGUGGGCCUCCGACAGACAGGGUCAGUCCAGGAAUAUGCAACAAAGUUCAGGACAUUGAACGCGGCCUUGGGAUGGCAGGAUAACAUCACCAUUCCCAUCUUUAGAGAGGGUCUGAAACCAAAGAUCAAGUGGGAGCUUCGACACCUUGAGAAAACCACCUUGGAAGACUGGAUAGCUGCGGCUAUCAAGGAAGACAACGACAUCAAGGAGUAUCGACAGCAGGAACCCCACAACCCUCGAAAAGUGCAGGCUGCACGGGCACAACAGGCAAAUACCCAAAAGAGGCGCGAACCAUAUUAUGGUCCUCAACCGAUGGAUCUAAGUCAAGCACAAAAACGACGGAACAACCAGAAGAAGGGUAAUCAACCCAAGGAAACACCGAAAAAGAAAGAAGGUGCUUGUUAUAACUGCGGCAAACAAGGCCAUUACGCGAAAGACUGCAAACAAAAGAAGAAACAAAUCGCCACCGCAGAGAAGCAACCCAGACAAGACAAAACCGUCAAGACAACCCCAGAAGCCAAUAUGGCCGAAGGAGGAUACGUGCGCCCAGGAGAUUCCGUGGAUCAAGGGAAAGCAGUCAUCACGGGAAUCACCUCUAACAAGAUCCACAUCCGCACAAGACCCGUACUGUCCACGACGAGCCUCAGAGCACAACCACACGGUAUAUGA